AUGGAUGAAGAGACUCUUAAGAGAUCAAUCUUAAGUUAUUCUGUAGAAGAUAGAAGGAUUUAUAGGGCAAGUAUCACUAAAUUUAGGAAAUCCCAUUCUCUUUAUGUCGCCCUAUUAGGUUCAUUGGCAUUAUUGCAAUUCAUCUCCAUUGCAUUUUUUACCAAGGGUUUGCUAUUUACUAAUCAUUAUUUAGAUACCAGUUAUAAAACCAAUAGUAGAAAUAAUGUCGAUAAUAUUCCAGACAUCGACCCUCAAUUUAGUAAGGCAAUCGUUUUGGUUCUAGACUCAUUGUCUUUAGACUCAAUUGCAUUUAGCGAAUUAUCAGCAAAUGAUAAUUUCAAUCACCAAUUAUCAUCUCUAACUUCCCCUGAUGAUGAAAUUUCUUCUCAAAAAUUGUUUAGUUAUGUCUCCAAAGAAUACACAUUUGAGGCAGAGAGUUCAACUCACCACACAAGUAAAUUGCAAGAUUUAUUUUCUGGAACUGUAACUGAUCUAGCAAAAUGUGUUAAAAAUUUCACAAAUUGUCUUUUAUUCGAAGACAACUUCCUGCAUAAGUUAAAUCUUAACUAUAAAAAUGUAUAUUUUGCAAAUGAGCAUUAUUGGGAUUCAAUAGAUGGAAUAUUUUCUUCGAAUCAACGACUUCCAGCUACACUGGCAAACAAUGCAGAAAUUGACACAUAUACAAUUGAUCCCAAUAAGGAUACUAUAAAUUUUUUAUAUGAAACUGUUAUUGAUAAAUCUAACGAUAUCGAAAAAUGGGAGGUUUUAAUAGGGCAUCUAUAUGGUCUCAAACCACACGAUGAAAAUCUUGAAACCAAUGACCCCAGCAUACUUAGAAACCAGAUAGAGAUUGAUAAACUUAUAACUGAUUUAAAAAAAUCUAUGGAUAAUGACACACUACUUAUGGUAGUAAGUGGGAACUCAAAAUUUUCAACCAAAGAUGUGAUUAAAAACAAUAAAAACAUAUUAUAUCUGUACUCUAAUGUACCGAAUCUUUGGAACUACAGUGUUGCAGAUAAUAGCAAUUUAAUUAUUGGUAAGGAUAAUUCAACGUUGAAGUACUCAAAUAUCGAUAAGGUCGAUAUUAUACCAUCAAUAUCAUUAUUAUUGGACCUACCAUUACCUGUCGAUUCCCUGGGCUUAUUUAUACCAGAAUUAGCAAAUUCAGAAGAACAUUUCAAUACCUACUUAAAUGUGAAUAAAUUGCAGAUUCAGUACCUUUUGAAAAAUAAAAAAGUCAUAACAAAUGAUUCAACGGAAUAUAUAUUAUAUCCUGUGUUGCCUGAGAAUUCCGAUUAUCUAAGUUGGAAGAAAUUUCAACAGAAAAUAUUGACAUCAUAUAAGGGGUUUAAAACUGUAUUUGACUAUUGGUAUCUUUCUAUAGGGGUGUCAUUUCUAAUUAUUUCCCUCAUUUUACUAUUUUCAAUGACCAAAUUAAUUCCUUCCAUUAUUGUUAAUCAAAUGGUUCACCAAUUCGCUACUUAUAUUUUAGCCUCAUCAAUAUUAUUCAAUAUCUAUUUGAAUUUAUUAUAUUACCUCUUUAAAAGACCAGGAUUUAUUGAUAAUCAAGUGUGGUGCAUCUUAUUUGCUACAUCAAUUGGUAUUAUUGUGGGCUGUAUUUUGCCCAUUUUGAUAAAGUAUAAUCUAAAGUGGAUUGUCACAAGAUUUUUUAAUGAGUUUUCCGACUACUGGUCAUUAAUUGGUGUUCUUUUUGUGAUUAUCCAUUCUUUAUUGAUCACUUCAAAUUCUCUAACUAUUUGGGAAGAUAAAAUUGUUUCGUACUUAUUAAUUACCUUUGGAAUCCUUGCCCUAUAUGAAUUCGUAUUUAUACCCAAAAGACAAACGACUAGUGCCGUAGUCACAGCUGUAUUAAGUGAACAACAUGGUACCUCAUCAGGGGUGAGUUCGUCAAUUGCAAAUUCAUAUGCCUUGCCGCUGUCAAGGUUUGCCCGCAUACUUGGUGGUUACCAUUCUUUCAUACUAAUUUUUUGCACAAGGUUAGCAUCUACAAUUACAACAUGUAGAGAAGGCCAAGAAAAAUAUUGUAUUCCUACUUUUUCAACCGAUAUUAAUCACUCCUGGUGGUGUAUGGGGUUCUUCGUUGUUGCACUAAUGAUUAUUCCGGUAUGCAUAAAGGGAUAUUAUAACCUUUCAUCGUCAUACCAGGCAGCAGCUCCAAUUUGGAUUGAUUAUUUAUUAAGAGGUUUUUUAAUAUUUGACUUUAUUUUUUGGUGCCUAAAAAAGAUUGAAACCAAUACACCAAAUCUUUCAAUUGAUAUCUCAAUAAUUAAUUUUACUAUUAUUCGGAUCGCUACAAUGUACGCAAUGGUUGCAUGUAAUAUAGCGUGGAUUUGGGGUCCUUUAUGUGUUAAACUUAAUGUCAAGAAUGCAGAUAUGAGAUCCCAACAAUCAACUAUUUUAGGGUAUUCAAAUAUAUAUGGUGCACCUUUUUUUCUAUUGAUUAUUAAUGCAAUAAUAAGUAUUUUAAUUUUCAAUAAACCAUUAGCGCAAAUUUCAUUAGCUCUAAUGUGUAAUCAGUUGCUGUCAUUGAUGGAGAUUAUUGAAUUAUUAAAAUUAAAAGAGAAUAUAAUCGGCUCUGUCAUGUUAGGUAUUUUAUCAUACCAGCAAUUUUUCAGUACAGGUCAUCAAUUUACUAUAUCAUCAAUACAAUGGGAUAUGGGAUUUUUAUUGAGCGAUAAUUUAGAGUUUCCAAUAACGCAUCUGUCAGUAAUUAUUAAUACAUUUGGUCCAUAUAUAUUAGUUUCAUUUGCAGUUGCAUUACUGACAUUAUGGAGACAGCCUCCUGAUAUUCUAAAGCCGCAAACACUACUAGGUAGAAUUGUUUCUAAUUGUGGAUCAUUGAUUACCUAUCAUACUAUAAUUUGUUUGAGUUCUUUUAUUUGGGUGACACAUUUUCGUAGACAUGACAUGCUCUGGGAAAUUUUUUUACCGAGGUUUCUAUAUUCCUGCAUGAGUUUAAUGAUAACACAAUUUGUUGUAACCCUUGGAACAAUAGCAUUUGCCAGUGGUAGGUUAAUUAGGCAUAUCAAUGAUAUUUUUUGGAAAUAA